AUGCGCGAGGCCACCGCGAACAAUGUGGUCUCAUUUCUAACACAAGAAGUAUUCAAUAAGUUCGGUGUGCCAGAAACAUUGCAUUCUGACAAUGGCAAGCAAUUUAUAGCGAAGGAGUUUCAGAAAAUGAUCAGUCAAUACAAAAUUAAACACCUAAAAACCGCCUUUUAUGCUCCGCAGUCCAAUGCCGCCGAGAGGGUCAAUCGGUCGGUAUUGGCUGCGAUAAGAUCGUACCUAGACGAAGACCAUCGGGAAUGGGACCUCUACAUAUCGGAAAUCGAAUGUGCUCUUCGCACUUCGGUGCACGCAGCCACGGGCGUUACGCCCUAUUUUGCGUUGUUCGGACAGAACAUGUUCACGUCGGGAAAUGACUAUAUGCUUGCGCGGAAAUUGUUGUCGUUAGGCGCCGUAGAUACAAAUAUUGUGAACCGCGAAGAUAAACUGCAAUUACUGCGCGAAAAAAUUAAAAGUAAAUUACACACCGCAUAUGAACAAAGCGCGCAGCGAUACAAUAAACGAAGUCGCGCAGUGCACUUUAGGCCCGGUCAGGAGGUGUACCGACGAAACUAUGUGCUUUCCGACUUCAAGAAUAAUAUUAAUGCUAAAUUUUGCCCCAAAUACAGAAAGUGUCGCAUCGUCAAGCCCAUAGGCAACAACAUGUUUGAACUGGAAACACUACAAGGCAAGUCAUUAGGAGCGUGCCAUAUCAAAGACCUAAAGCAAUAG